AUGCCUGGUGACUCGUUCACUGGCUUCGCUUCCGAUGAUGGUACCCGUCGACAGUUCACGGUACCCCAUACUGCAGGUUCGCCUUCAGUCGAAGCGACCAUUAUCUCUGGGCAACGACACGACCACUUGAUACCUGGAAUUCGUAAGGUCUCAGGCUCCACCGCUGGGCCACCAAGAUUUGAAACUUACAUCAGCGGGAGGUAUGCCGUCAUGGGUGCAAAUAUGACCCGCCGCACCAACGUACACUGGGAUCCUUGCGAGAAUCUGGAAAUUGCGCGGUAUCAUGCUUCAGCGGCAUGUCCUAUCUGCGAUAAAUACUCAGACGACCCGCAGACCCAAGAAUGCUAUAUGCGAGUACCACUUGAUCCCACAAUAUCCCUAUAUUCAACCGAUGCUCUUAUAGAAUGUUCCGCAGGUCACGUUAUUAACGCACCAAUGGAAUAUAUCAAAAGUAAUCAUGUUCCUGGAUCAUCGUAUGCUGACGUCGUUUCGAGGAUGGAAUCGCGUUGUGAAGAGUGUAUUAAACAAGAUAUCACGUCAAGACCACCAAGAUGGCGAGUGUUGGAUGAUUUUAAAUAUCCUUCCUACAUGAAUGAUUCCCGCCGAUCGACUGGCGCUCAACCCGUUUCAUCCAUCACGGGAGAUGAGGAGGAACUUCCCCAGACACUGGAUCAUCUUCGGACCUUUACCAUCAAAGAAGGUGAUAUUGAUCGUCGUUUUAGUCUCCAAGACGGGUUGGUAGUAACAGAUCAAUAG